GUCUGUUGGCGAUCGGGCGCCAAGUAACACGUCCCGCGAACUGUCUGCACUCGCUCCGUAUUUAUUACUCCGCGUAAAUUAUCUAGUACAAAUAUAUUCCGCCCUAUUCUGACACGGCUACAGUCAAUAUAAUUCAGCGAGUUAUUGUGUGCAGUGACUUAUUGUGUAGUUGAUGUGAAAGUGCGACUUUCUAUUACAAUAAACUAGUGCAAAACUUGUCCAGUUAUAUGUAUUAAGUAUUUGGUUUUGGAACGAGACCUCAGUCUAGUUUAGGCAUUCCUUAAAGUUCGCUACGAGAAUGGGGGCAAGGUCCCGGGAGUUGGUGCUGCUCCUGGCAGUAUGCGCGCUGGCGCUCAGCGAGCCGGUCAGCAAGGCCGCCGAUACCAAGAAGGAUGAUGCCGACAACUUCCUCUACCAGUACGACGACUUCGACGCGGCUGAUGACCAGGAGGUGCUCUACAAUGAGAACAGGCCGUGCCCAAGGGACUGCAUAUGCACUGUAUCCCAGGGAUACAGAACAGCCAAGUGCGAUCGUCUUGAAAUCGGCACACAGAAGUUCGGCGAUGACAUCACCGAUCUUGUCAUCGAGAAUGCGGACCCGAGGUUCCCUAUUCAGUUGACGGACAUGAUCUUCAAGAAGCUCGGACUUCACCAAAUCACAACUGUGAAGAUUGUCAACAGCUCGAUCGACUUUAUUGCUCCUAAUGCAUUCCAUGGUCUGCCUAACUUGUAUGCAGUCAACUUAUCUAACGAUAGACUGAAAGUAUUGCACCCUGAGACAUUCGCACACAACAAGAAAUUGGUGCUCUUGACUCUCUCAAAUAAUCCUCUUAAAUUCCCCGCUGCGGAUUCACAGGAUUAUUUCUUGAACACCUCAUCAAUUCAAGAGCUCGAUAUUUCUUACUGUAACAUGAAAUACAUUGCGGCUAACACGUUCACAAACAUGCCCGGCGUCAUGUACCUGAACCUGGCUGGAAACAACCUGUCCAACAUGGACCGCAACACAUUCAAGAAGCUGUUGGACUUGGAAGAACUCGACCUCAGUGACAACGACAUUAAGUCACUGCCAGAUGAAAUCUUCUCUGAGAACAACGAGCUCGCCACACUCCACAUCUCCAGGAAUCCUGUAGACACUGUAUACGGAUUACAGAUCUCAGACCUGCUGACCCUUAACGCAGGACAAACCAACAUCAGAUUCGUUGGACCGUCAAUGUUCAACGGUAUGACAUACAUUGCCAACCUCAAUCUCAGUGGCAACAACAUUGAGAAGAUCCACAACCAAGCAUUCCACAAACUGGUAGAACUUAACUACCUGGACCUUUCUUACAACAACCUGGACUUCAUUUCCAACAUUCUCAUCAAGGAAAACAUUGAACUUGACAUUUUCAAGAUCUCCAACAACCCUAAAUUGCAACACUUACCCGCAGAAGGUUUCGAAUGCUCCGUCGACCAAUUCAACAUUUACUUGUUUGAUGCAUCCCACUGUGGGCUGAAAGAAAUCUACGACAACUCUUUAAGAACCUUCUCAGCAUUAUCCGUAGUCAAUUUGGCGAAUAACGAAAUAAAAACGAUCGGAACCAAAGUGUUCUCAAUGUGCCCCAAACUUGUUGAAAUCAAUCUGUCGUACAACUUCCUGACGACAUUGGACGCUAAAGUUUUCGAGAAGAAUAAUGAAUUAGGUAAGCUUUACCUCCAAGGCAAUCCUCUUAAGGUAUUCUCCGCAGAAGUGUUCGUCCACACCCCUAUGAUUACAUACCUAGACAUGAGUCACGCGGAAUUGACCUCAUUAUGGAAGGCAGACAAAAACCGCUCUCCUACGCUUCUGAGUAACUUGACAUUCCUCAACGUUUCACACAACCGUAUUACUGAAAUCAAACAAACUGAACUCGAUCACUUAAACAAACUGAACGCGCUUGAUAUCAGUAACAACCCACUCGCGUGCAGCCGCGAUUUCGAGAACCUUAUGACUUGGUUGAGCAACCGUAAAGUGUCGCCAAAUGGUGUAAGCAGCAGCAUUGCCAACCUAGCUAGGGACUCUAAAGACGAAGACGUCAGUACCUACAGCUGGGAGUUCCUCACCCGCAAGACUUGUGGAACUGCCAUGGUACAUCCAGUUGAGCCUCUGCCAUCUGUUUCCGACGAAGACAUCUGGGAGAGAAUCAACAACGAUGAUGAAGGCAACUUUGACUUGAAGAACACCUUGGAUGACGGUAAGAUUGCUGAUGAUACCAAAGCACAGAAGGACAGUUUCCUGGGCAACGAUAUCGUUGACGAUGACAAGGACGAAGGUGAUGAUGAUGAUGACUCCGCUGACGAAGAUGAAGAUGAUGAAGACGAAGAUGACGACGCCAGCGAGGACUACGACGGUGACGAUGAAGUGGACCUCAAAGUAAAACUUAUUGAGAAACCUUCAACCACUACUGAGGACUACGCCGCCAGUACUAAAUCAUCUGCUAUCCCAGAUGAAGAAAUUGACAUCAAACUAUUUGAACACGACAUUACCAAUGUUGAGUCAUCAAGUAACUUGUACGUACAAGAGUCUAUUCAGGCUGAAGAGGAACACGGCCACUACGGUUACUUGUGGCCAAUUUCCAUCGUCAUCUUUGGCGCUCUGCUGCUGCUCAUCGUCAUCGCCAAGGUGGUGAUGCUCAUGUGCACUAAGAGAAACAAGCAGAUCAGAUACAACAGUGCCAUAAUUGCUGCCAUGAGCCAGUCCGGCCGUACGAAGAAGGACUGCGGGCUGGUGUACCAGCAGCUGACUGAGGACCUGGCCAGCCCGGCCACGCCCAAACUCAGCCGCUACACGCCGCUGCACAGCGUCACCGUCAACGCCUCCAACAUGUCGUACGAGAGCAGUCCAUUCCACCACAGCAACAUCGUCCCAGAAGCGGUGUGAGACGAACAAAAACGUACAUAUGUCAGAGUUAAAACUCGAUACUAACAACUGCGUUAACUUUUACAUAAGCAGUAAGUGAUAGUUGUAAGCGCUAGUCACAACUGAAUGCAUAUCUAACAAACAUUUCUUAGUACAGUGCCUUUACGACCACUCUCGAACAAUCGCGACAAUGUUUUCAAUCUAGCGCUUUUUAAAUAUAAAGUAAAGUAACAAA